UGCUUCGGGACUAUUGUGUAGUGAUAUAAAACCUUAAAGCGUGCUUCCCAUCGGACAAGGAUAGAAGCCGGCACGCCGAAAAGAACAGGCACAAAAUAACACCGAAACACAAUAUUUGGAUACGAACAAAGAUGCCAGAAAAUCAAGCUAUGGAGGAGGGUGAAGUUGAGACCUUCGCUUUCCAAGCAGAGAUUGCUCAGUUGAUGAGCUUGAUUAUCAACACCUUCUACUCCAACAAAGAGAUCUUUCUUCGUGAAUUGAUUUCCAACUGUUCCGAUGCUCUGGACAAAAUCCGUUAUGAAAGCCUCACUGAUCCUUCAAAGCUGGAUUCCGGCAAAGACCUAGAGAUUAAGAUUGUCCCAAACAAAGAUGACAACACCCUGACCAUCAGCGACACGGGAAUCGGAAUGACCAAAGCCGAUUUAGUAAACAAUCUUGGAACCAUCGCACGUUCUGGAACCAAAGCUUUUAUGGAGGCUCUGCAAGCUGGUGCAGAUAUUUCCAUGAUUGGACAGUUUGGUGUAGGUUUCUAUUCAGCCUACCUGGUAGCCGACAGAGUUGUGGUAGAGACGAGGAACAACGACGAUGAACACUACGUCUGGGAAUCAUCCGCUGGCGGUUCUUUCACUGUCAGAAGUGGUGAUGGCUCGUUCAACAGAGGAACACAAAUCACCUUGCACAUGAAAGAAGAUCAAGCUGAAUAUCUUGAAGAAAAGAAGGUGAAAGAAAUUGUCAAAAAACACAGUCAGUUUAUCGGCUACCCAAUCAAACUCCAAGUCGAAAAGGAAAGGGACGUUGAAGUGUCUGAUGAUGAGGAAGAAGAAGAAAAGAAAGAAGAGGACAAAGAUGCUGAAAAGAAUGAAGAUGAGAAACCAAAGGUCGAAGACCUAGAUGAUGAAGAUGAUGAUGAUGCAGACAAAUCAAAAGACAAGAAAAAGAAGAAAAUCAAGGAGAAGUAUAUGGAGGAUGAGGAAUUGAACAAAACAAAACCAAUCUGGACCCGAAACCCUGAUGACAUCACACAGGAAGAGUAUGGCGAGUUCUACAAGUCUCUGACAAAUGACUGGGAGGAUCAUUUGGCAGUCAAGCAUUUCUCUGUGGAAGGUCAGCUGGAAUUCCGAGCAUUACUAUUUGUUCCAAGGAGAGCACCAUUUGACCUGUUUGAGAACAAGAAGAAGAAGAAUAACAUCAAGUUGUAUGUGAGGAGAGUAUUUAUCAUGGACAAUUGUGAUGAGGUGAUUCCAGAAUACCUCAACUUUGUCCGAGGUGUUGUUGACUCUGAAGAUCUACCAUUGAACAUUUCAAGAGAAAUGCUCCAACAAAGCAAAAUCCUCAAAGUCAUCAGAAAGAACCUGGUGAAGAAAUGCAUGGAACUGUUUGAUGACAUUGCAGAAGACAAGGAGAACUAUAAGAAAUUUUAUGAACAGUUUGCAAAGAACCUGAAGCUUGGAAUUCAUGAAGACACAACAAACAGAAAGAAGAUUGCAGACUUCCUGCGGUACCAUACGUCCCAGUCUGGAGAUGAAAUGACCUCAUUUAAGGAAUAUGUCUCGAGGAUGAAGGAAAACCAGAAGAGCAUUUACUACAUUACAGGUGAGAGCCGAGAGGUUGUCCAAAGUUCAGCAUUCGUAGAAAAUGUAAAGAAGAGGGGCAUUGAGGUAAUCUACAUGGUGGACCCCAUUGAUGAAUACGCAGUACAGCAGUUGAAGGAAUAUGAGGGAAAGGCCCUUGUAUCUGUGACAAAGGAAGGGCUGGAAUUACCAGAGGAUGAAGAGGAGAAGAAGAGGUUUGAGGAAGCUACUGCCGCAUAUGAAGGACUUUGUAAAGUUAUUAAAGAAAUCCUCGACAAGAAGGUUGAAAAGGUAACCGUUUCAAACAGACUUGUCACAUCACCCUGUUGUAUUGUAACAAGUCAGUAUGGUUGGUCUGCAAACAUGGAGAGAAUCAUGAAAGCACAGGCUCUGAGAGAUUCCUCAACGAUGGGAUACAUGGCUGCCAAGAAACACCUAGAAAUUAAUCCAGAUCAUGCCAUCGUAAAGUCUCUGAAGGAGAAAGCUACUGCUGACAAAAAUGACAAAUCUGUGAAAGAUCUUGUUCUGCUUUUGUUUGAAACCUCUAUGCUAGCAUCAGGAUUUUCUUUGGAGGAGCCUGGAACCCAUGCAAACAGAAUCCACAGGAUGAUCAAACUUGGACUUGGAAUUGAUGACGAUGAAGCUGGAUCACCAGACACCCCAGAUGAGAAUGCUGAAGAACCCCCACCAUUGGAAGGGGAUGAAGAUGAUGCUUCAAGAAUGGAAGAAGUGGAUUAAAUACUCUGUAGUCGUUACUAAAUAAUACUUCAGCAAUGGACCAUUGAGCAAAACGUGUUCAUGCGAGAUAAAUACCCUUUGGACAUCGUAGUGAUGCAAAUUUGGCAUUUCUUCUCGUUAGACAUUCCAUCUUGGGACUAUUAUUGAUUUUUGACAUUUUUAUCACUAUUUGCAGUUCUUUAUUAAGAAGAAUUUAACUUCUUUUUAAGGAAAAACAACAUGAACAACAGAAACAUUGAACGUCUGGAAACUCUUAGCUGAAUACAUUAUCCAUAAUAGUUCUGUACCAAUAAUUUAUCAUCCAUCAUAGUUCAGUUCCAAUCAUUAACAUCACCAUUUCCACAUUUUCACCUGUGAUUUUUUUUUUACUUGUCAGCUGUUUUGUGUUUCAAAAAUAAUAAAAAGAACAAAAAAAUUGAAAACCUA